CGACUAGAAACGUGGUCACGUCAGAGCAAUGACUUCCGGCGGAAGAAGACACCGGUUCCGAAUUUUGGCCGAUCGCUAGAGGACUAGGUUCUGAUUGCUCUAUGAAGUUUGCUGAUCUGAGAAGGCCCACUUCUUGUUCAAUGAACGAUGGCAUUUGAUCAGAUAACAAAAAAAGAUUGGUACAGCAUUCUGGGAGCAAACCCAUCUGCAAGUAUGUCAGACCUAAAGCAAAAGUAUCAAAAACUCGUAUUAAUGUAUCAUCCAGAUAAACAAAGUGCAGAUGUGCCAGCAGGAACAGUGGAGGAAUGUAUACAGAAGUUCAUGGAAAUUGAUCAGGCAUGGAAAAUUCUAGGGAAUGAAGAGACAAAAAAAGAGUAUGACCUGCAGCGGCGUGAAGAUGAUCUAAGAAAUAUGGGACCAGUAGAUGCUCAAGUAUAUCUUGAAGAAAUGUCUUGGAACGAAGAUGAUCAUUCUUUUUCUGUGAGUUGCCGUUGUGGUGGAAAAUACAGUGUUUCCCAGGAUGAAGCAGAAGAAGUUACCCUGAUUUCUUGUGAUACAUGUUCACUAAUUAUAGAACUCCUUCAACGUAGCUGAAAUUGUUCACUAAGUGGAAUCCUUUAAUUGUGUAUUCACGUUGAGGAGAAUCCAUUCCAACUUUGUCCAUUCAAGCAACUGUAUAAAGCUGAUAAAAACAAAGAGGUAGGGUGUUUUUUUUUUUUGUCAGCUCUGUUACUUGCAGAGAAAUAAGAUUGUCAAGCAAAGUCUACCCCAGAUUAAUAGAAAAUUAAUUUAGCUAUUUCUAUGUAUUUAUAAUUUAUAUUUACAAAUUGCCCAACAAAUGGACUUGAAUUAAACAUUAUAUUUAGUGAAUUCCCAUUUGAGAACUUUGUUAUUGAUUCAUUUCUCCAAAUGAGCAUGUCUCUUUUAAUGGAUCACAGUAUCAUUCUUUUAUAGUUAUUAAGUUUCUGAGGAACGUGAUAUUUCUAGCUGCCAAAGUUAUAGGCCUAUUGUACAACUGUCUCAAAAUCUCAGGUCUUAAUUAAAUGUGAGUAUCAUGUGAUCCUCGUUCUCCCAUAAUGAAGGCUGAAUAUGGAUAUUCAUGAGUUAAUAAAGUUAAUUAAGAAGGUGACAGGGCUACUAUAGAAAGAAAUGUAGCUGUGGAGUCAGGAUGCUGGACUUCAGUGCUGGCACUGUAUUUCCAAAUUCUUCCUGUGGCUGUAUUAAUGGGAGUAAGCUUCUUGAACACUGCCAUCUUCAGCUUUAAUCUAGGAAAUGGUAGCUUUAGAAAAAAAUAAUUUUAAACAGGUGCAUUCCUUUCCCUUUUUUUUCAGAGUACAAACAAAGAUAUAGUAUUAAUGCCUAUAUUUAGGAAUAAGAUCCACUACAUUGGUGGUAUAAUGAAAUGGAUUUUUAUAAUGUAUUAUUAUUGAUUAUAGUAGACUGAAAAAAUUUUAUUUUUUUAUAUAUUUAAUAUUCUAUGUACAGCAUAAAUCAGUACUCAUUGAAAAAGGAAUCGUUUAUGGAGUCACUGAAAAUUUCUUACUUAAUUUCAAAUGAGUGAGCCAUGCAUAUAUGACUUAGCAGCUUUUUAUUAGGUUGAUCUCUUGGUAUUUAUUGUUGGUUUGGACUUAAUAAGACUAGUUUCUACCUUGACUUGUAAAUGCAAUGAAAUUAUGAAGCACAUUCACGAAGAGAUUACUUGUCAUUAUACCUAGAAAACCAAAAAUUCAAAACUGAGUUUGUCAUUUGUGUUUUCCCCCUAAACAUAUUUUUAUAUGUAUCAUAAAUUUAGACGAUUUAUUUUGGAUUGCUUUUAUCUAUAUAUUUUGACUUAAUAUAGCUUGCAGAUUGUGUGUUACUUAUCUUUACAUUUAACAGUUAAAAAUAACUAAAACUGAAUAGCAAAUAGUUUAUUAGAAAGUACAUGGUCUCAGUGGCAAUAACAAAUUCACUUGAACAGGAGACAAUAAUCAAAUCAAAAGAAUAAAUGUUUGCUAAUCAUCAGAAAAUCUGUGACCAUUAGGGCUAUCACGUAGAAAUCCAAAAUCACUCAGAGGCCAAAUCUGUAAAAAUCAAAAUGUUAUUGAAGACAAUUAAUGAAAGUGAUGUUAUAUCAUAUUCCGUUUUUUCAUUCAUCCCUUUUCUCGAUGUCAUAUAAUUAAACACUUUCUCGUUAUUCUUUGGUGAAGAACAAAAAAUUUUCUACUUCAAAGUAAGACUUUGGAAAGUAAACUUUUGUGUGUAUAUGUAUUUAAACUCAGAAGUUUGGAACAUUCAAACAUAGAAUUAUAUGUGUGUUGUGUGAAUACAGUUGACCCUUAAACAGCAUGGGUUUGAACUUCAUGAGGCCACUUAUACUCAGAUUUCUUUCAAUAAAAAUACAUUUGACCUUCUGUAUCCAGGGGUUUUGCAUCCAUGGAGUCAACUAACAGUGGACUGCAGAGUAUUUUCAAUUCAUGAUUGGGAAUCCAUGGAUGCAGAGGGACAACUGUAUGCAUUGUUCUGUGCCAAUUUAUAUAAGGGACUUGAGCAUCCUUGGAUUUUGGUAUCUGGGGGAUUCCUGGAACCAGUACUGGAUACCAUAGAUACGUUUUUGGGAAAAUCAAAAGUUAUACAUGGAAAAAAGAAAGUUAUACAUGGACUUUCAACUGCAUGGGGGUUCAGUGCCCCAACUCUUGCAUUGUUUAAGGGUCAGCUGUAUAUAUGUGUGAAUGUGUAAUUGUGUUUUCUUUUACUACCCUCAAAGUUAACCAUAAACCUAAGUACUUGAAUAUACA